GACAAUGAUUGGUUUCACACGAGAACAAAUAAAAAGUCUUUCAUCUCUCUCUCUCCCUCCGCUGCUUUACAGAUUUGACUAAUCAUCACCCCCCGAGCCUGCAAACUCAGCACGACGAUCGCGUCUCGAUCUUCAGAGGAUAAGACCCUCGAAAAUCAACAAAGGGCUUGAUCGCUGUGCAAGGAGUCACAAUGGCGUCUUCUUCUUCUUCUGAUACAUGGAUGAGAGAGUACAACGAGGCUUUAAAACUCUCUGAGGAUAUAAACGGCAUGAUGUCCGAAAGAAACUCCUCUGCUUUAACCGGACCUGAUGCUCAACGCCGUGCUUCAGCUAUACGAAGAAAGAUCACCAUUUUGGGGACUCGAUUAGACAGUCUUCAAUCCCUUCUCGUUAAAGUUCCUGGGAAGCAACAUGUGUCAGAGAAAGAGAUGAAUCGUCGCAAGGAUAUGGUUGGGAACUUGAGAUCAAAGGCGAAUCAGGUGGCGUCUGCUUUGAACAUGUCGAACUUUGCUAAUAGAGACAGCUUGCUUGGGCCAGAUACAAAGCCUGAUGAUGCAAUCAACAGAGUCUCUGGCAUGGAUAACCAAGGCAUUGUUGGAUUCCAACGACAAAUUAUGAGAGAACAAGACGAAGGGCUGGAGAAGUUGGAGGAAACUGUCAUGAGUACCAAACACAUUGCUCUCGCUGUUAACGAGGAGCUCACCCUGCAGACCAGACUUAUCGAUGACUUAGACUACCAUGUGGAUGUUACGGACUCCCGCUUACGGGAAUUUAAACCACACAUUGUUCUAUUAUGUCCAACGUAGUUGCUUUCACAAUCUUAAAAGCAAGCGUGUGCAGAAGAGCCUUGUGGUGAUGAACAAGAAUAUGAAAGGAGGUUGCUCAUGCAUGUCCAUGCUCUUGUCAGUUCUUGGAAUCGUUGGUCUUGCCCUUGUCAUUUGGCUACUGGUUAAGUAGCUGUAAUGCCACCAAUAUGAUGAAUCAAAUUCUAUCCUGGUCUUUCAGCCUCUCUCGUCUAUGCGUAUGGUUAUAUUGUCUUAUGUGUACAUCGCUGCGUGCAAGAACCCUUCAAAAAGUAUAUAAUCAAAGUUGUAUUUUGUGUGUAUUAUAUGACUCCUACUUGGUUCACGAAAAGACUGUAUCACAAGUUCUUUGUUCUUGUUUGGAUUA